AGAUCUCUUUCCAGGUGCCUAUGACCAUGAUGAGCUCCUUGGUAUGCUAGUCAAAACCAAGAAACUCCAAGUUCAUCAAAUCAAAGAGCAAUUCCCAUUCACAAUGCCUACAUCCAAAUACAGCAGUGAUCUCAAUUGGGAGCCUGAAUCUGUUGUUAUCAAUGGUCAAUCUGCACAAUUUGCAGACUGCUUUUUCACAAUCAAAGGUGCCUCCAAAGAAAACUACCUUGUAUGCCUCCAGUGUAAGUGGCAUCAUGGGUCAGAAAAUCCCAUCACUUCUUAUUCUAAGGAAAUUAAAGAAGAACACAAAAGAACAUGA